CCAUCAUGAGAAUAGCAUCUUUUAACGUCCAGAAGUUUGGAAGAAGCAAAGUGUCCGACCCGGUUUGCCUCGCAAUCCUGAUCAAGGUCAUUUCUCGAUAUGACAUGGUUGUGAUCCUGGAGGUGGUGGACAGGAGUGGAGACUCUGUGAAAACCUUGCUGGACGCACUAAACCAAGCGAACAAGAAGCAUCACUACACUCUGAAGAUCAGCAGCCGUCUGGGCAGAACGCGCUACAAAGAGCAGUUCAUGUUCCUGUACAGGGAUGACCUUGUUGACCUUGUAGGCUCCUAUCAGUUUGAUGACCAGCUGACUGAAGGAGGAGACGUUUUCGCCAGAGAUCCGUACAUCCUGAGGUUCAGAUGCUUGAACACAGUGCUGAAGGACCUGGUGAUGAUUCCAGUUCACACCAAACCGGAGGACUCGGACAAGGAGCUCGACGAGCUGUACGACGUCUUCCAGCACGUGAAGAAGAAGUGGAGGACUGAUAACGUGAUGAUCCUCGGGGACUUCAACGCUGACGGUCUCUACGUCUCUAAGAAGGAGAUGAAGGGACUCAGAAUCCGCAGCGACAAGAACUUCCACUGGCUGAUAGCAGACGACGUGGACACCACGGCCAGCCACAAAAACAACCACACAUACGACAGGAUCGUGGUGUACGGAGACGACAUGCUGCAGGCCGUCGUUCCCAACUCUGCAAAACCUUUCAACUUCCAGAAGGCUUACAGACUCACCAUGGAGCAGACUCUGAAGGUGAGCGACCAUUACCCAGUGGAGGUGAGGCUGAAGUCCCUCAACAGCUCUGAUGAUGAGGAGGAGGAGGAGGAGGAAGGUGUGAUACCCCAGUUUCCCCCGACUCUCUCGGACGAGGAUCUGCUGGAGCUGCAGAGAGGAAACCUGAUGCUGGAGAGGGAGAAGCUCAGCCUGGAGAUCCAGAUCCUCCGCAUGAAGGUGGCGAAGAUGACCGGCGGGGACAAGAAUUAAACAAUGACCUUCUGAAACCACACGUUACCUUCAGAACCAGUUCCACCCUGACUGUACCUCCAGGCUCUACACUGGUCUGCUUUCUCUCCCACACUCUGACUGAAACGCCUCCAUUGACCUCCUCAGUGAAAUACAUCAAUAAUGACACAUUGCACGUGAUAGGCUAAGGGGCGGGACAUCACUAAGUGGUUGACCAAUCACAACAGAGCUGACCAACCUCUAUUCAUUUUAAGAAAUUAUAUUUUUUUAUAUGCUUUUGAAAUACAUAAUUGAAUCUUUUAUGACUGCAAACAAAAGGUAUCUUUACUGAAAAUAUAUAUAUUUUUUAAGAUGCUUGCUCUCGCCUUGAGGUGAUGUUGUAAAGCUUUUAUAUAUUCUUUAAUAAAUAACAAUCAUUGCAGAAAAUCUGUGUAUUUACCGA